GCAGGUGCAGGCAGGAAAGAGCUGCAGUGUUCGCGCUUGGUAGCUGGUGUACNGGACUCGGCUGGCUUUGUGUCCCUGAAGCUCACCAGAAAAGACUUUCUCAGCCCUCGGACUCCAGAGAGAGAGAGGUACUUUUUGUGAUCACCGACUUUGACCUCCUGCAGAGGCUGAGCGAUGGCGUCCAUGGGACUACAGGUCCUGGGAAUCUCCUUGGCAGUNCUGGGCUGGCUGGGAAUCAUCCUGAGUUGUGCGCUCCCCAUGUGGCGGGUGACCGCCUUCAUCGGCAGCAACAUCGUCACGGCACAGACCAGCUGGGAGGGCCUCUGGAUGAACUGUGUGGUGCAGAGCACUGGUCAGAUGCAGUGCAAGAUGUACGACUCGAUGCUCGCCCUGCCGCAGGACCUGCAGGCCGCCCGAGCCCUUAUGGUCAUCAGCAUCAUCGUGGGUGCUCUGGGGAUGCUUCUCUCAGUGGUAGGGGGCAAGUGCACCAACUGCAUGGAGGACGAGACCGUCAAGGCCAAGAUCAUGAUCACCGCCGGAGCCGUGUUCAUCGUGGCAAGCAUGCUGAUUAUGGUGCCUGUGUCCUGGACCGCUCACAACGUCAUCCGCGACUUCUACAACCCUAUGGUGGCUUCCGGGCAGAAGAGGGAGAUGGGGGCCUCGCUUUACGUCGGCUGGGCAGCCUCCGGGUUGCUGCUCCUGGGAGGAGGCCUCCUCUGCUGCAGUUGCCCACCUCGUAGCAACGACAAGCCUUACUCGGCCAAGUACUCCGCAGCCCGCUCUGUCCCCGCCAGCAACUAUGUGUAAGGUGGGCCACUCUAUGUCCACAUUGCCUUUGUUAUCUUCUUUUCGGAUUGAGCUCAUAACAGCCUGUGGCCCCUCACAUUCUCCAAGACCUGCCCUGCUAUGGGCCACUAACUGCUUGCUGGGGACAGGCAAACCCGGACUGUGCAAAGUUACUAGCCCGUAGCUCUUGGGCUGCUCCACAUGGCUCCUUACUGCNGGCAAGGAUGGAUGUAAAAAUAUCACCUUGCUGCUUACAUCCAAAUUGCUGGUGGAUAUGGGGCUGAAGGCAGAAGCAGCUGGGAAGGGCAGUAGAGGCGCAAGCUGGGUCCUGCUGGCCGGGGUAGCUCAGCUGUGACUUUGGACUCUGGAGUGGAUGUCCUCAUGUUAGCAAACGUCCACUGUCCUUUCUCUAUCCCCCUCACUCAGCCUACACGUUACUCCAGCGCUACUCUUGCCAUUACGCCCCGUGUUUCUGAGCACAGCUGGUCCUACCCCAAGUCAUGGUGUGCUGAAUGACUGACUGAGGGGCCAUUGAGAGCCGGUGGGCUCUGCCAUGGAACCCUUCUGUUGAUUAGCAAUGACUGUGCUUGACCCACCCACCUACCCUACUAAUGAAUUUCUGUAGAGUGGAUGGACGGGUUUGAGGGAAGAAGGGUGGAGGUGGAUUAAACUGGUUUGGGGAGGGCUGGGGACCUAGAAGCAGCCCUGUGUGUCCCCACCCCUUUUCCGCACUGUCUUGCUAAUGUUCUGAUCACUGUGCGCCCCCCCCUUCAGAAGGACCCUGGGCCUCUUGAGUUGGCCCCUCUGAGUUCCCUCCCUUUGCCCAUUUCAAGG